CCAGCGCAUGUCAUUGGUUGAAAAGUAGGUUAGUGGUGCGACAUUUAGUGAGGGCAGAAAGUAGGUCACGGACGGCUGCUGUUUAUCAGCGCAGUUUUGAUCUGUGAGUGCUGUGUGCGGCUGACCGUUUACCAGUACUAAGUAUGAAGAUGGUUAGUAGGUGACUGUCAGUCUAUUCUGACCACAGGGUUUUUUUGUCACACGGUUUGUCCCUAAUUGUCCUCAAAGCCAUCUCUCAGAUGAUCCAAUGGCUGACCAAAGAAUGGAUAUUACUUCUACAAUUAGUGAUUUUAUGUCACCGGGUCCAACUGACCUCAUAUCUAGCUCACUUGGCACAGGGGCAAUGGAGUGUAAUAGGAAAAGAAAAGGAAGUUUAAAUGAUUAUCCUAUUGAUGGCUUUUCUUUUGAUCCCAGUGAAGGGAUGGACACAGACAAGGACGAUCCUCAUGGGAUGUUAGAAUAUGCAGAGGGCAGGAUAAAAAAUGCUCGAGAGGCCCACAGUCAGAUUGAAAAACGUCGCAGAGACAAAAUGAACCAAUUCAUUGACGAAUUGGCAUCAUUAGUUCCAACAUGCAAUGCAAUGUCUCGAAAACUUGACAAACUCACUGUGCUGCGGAUGGCCGUUCAACAUAUGAAAACGUUACGAGGAUCUUCUAAUACAGGGUCCAUUCAAGCAUCCAAAUCUAGUUUCUCUGCAUCUGACUGCUUGGAGAUUGAACGCUUAAUUCUAGCUAAGCCUGACGGGUUUCUCUUCGUAGUAGGCUGUGAUAGAGGGAAGAUACUAUUUGUUUCAGAAUCUGUUUUCAAGAUUCUUAACUACAGCCAGAAUGACCUGAUUGGACAAAGUUUAUUUGACUAUCUACAUCCUAAAGAUAUUGCCAAAGUUAAGGAACAGCUCUCCUCCUCAGAUACAGCACCGCGGGAAAGACUUAUCGACGCAAAAACUGGCCUUCCUGUUAAGACAGAUAUUACCCCUGGACCAUCUCGACUUUGUUCUGGAGCCCGUCGUUCAUUCUUUUGUCGCAUGAAAUGCAACAGGCCUUCAGUUAAAGUAGAAGAUAAAGAUUUUCCUUCUAACUGUUCAAAAAAGAAAGCUGACCGGAAAAGCUUUUGUACCAUACAUAGCACUGGGUAUUUAAAGAGCUGGCCUCCUACAAAAAUGGGUCUGGAUGAGGAUAAUGAGCCUGACAGUGAAGGCUGCAAUCUGAGCUGCCUUGUUGCUAUUGGACGCUUACAUCCCCACAUAGUGCCACAGCCAGUUAAUGGGGAGAUUAGGGUGAAAUCCACAGAAUAUGUAUCCAGACAUGCAAUCGAUGGGAAAUUUGUUUUUGUAGACCAGAGGGCAACAGCCAUUCUUGGAUAUUUACCACAGGAGCUCUUAGGAACGUCUUGCUAUGAGUAUUUUCAUCAAGAUGAUAUAGUCCAUCUCGCUGAAUGCCAUAGACAAGUUUUACAGUCGAGAGAAAAAAUAACAACAAAUUGUUAUAAGUUAAAGAUCAAAGAUGGAUCUUUUAUUACCCUGAAAAGUCGUUGGUUCAGUUUCAUGAACCCCUGGACCAAAGAAGUAGAAUAUAUUGUAUCAACAAAUACAGUUGUUUCAGCCAAUAUCCUUGAUAGCGGAGACGCCACGUUCCCUCAUUUGCCGGCAUCUCCCCCUACCAUGGACAGUAUGUUGCACACUGGAGAAGGGAGCACAAAAAGAAAUCAUCCCGCAGUUCCUGGUAUUCCUGGUGGUACACGAGCUGGUGCAGGGAAGAUAGGAAGAAUGAUUGCAGAUGAAAUCAUGGAAAUACAUAGGAUAAGGGGCUCAUCACCUUCAAGCUGUGGAUCUAGUCCGCUAAACAUCACCAGCACGCCACCCCCUGAAGCACCCUCGCCUGGAGGGAAAAAGAUUCUAAAUGGUGGAACUAUGGAUCUCCCAGCAUCUGGUUUGUUGCCUUCACAAAAUCAGGACAGUUCUGGAUUCCCAUAUUCAGAAAGUUCUUCAUUUAUAGGUGAGAACUCUCAGAUGAGCAUGGGUAUGAUGGAACCAGACCAUGGAUCCAGCAGUCCCAGCAACGACGAAGCUGCUAUGGCCGUGAUCAUGAGUCUUCUGGAAGCAGACGCUGGCCUUGGGGGCCCUGUAGAUUUUAGCGAUUUACCUUGGCCUUUGUGAACGUGACUCAUGUUGGUUCAACAUAAUCUGCAGUAUCAAAGUGCAUUAUUGGAGUUUUUCCGUCUGUGGAGCUUAAUGGGUUUCGAGAUUUGCUUUUAUGUAUUAACUUUCAUAAAAGCCAUAUCCAAUAUCGUGUCCAAUUUUCCACUGUGUAAUUUCAGACAAGUUCAGUUCUGAUAGUGUUCCUGCAUCAUUGAUUUGGUUAGUUGUGUAUAGCUUUGCAUUAAUUUGUAUAUUUUGAAUUUUUUUUUAAAUCCUGGUGCAAACCAGCAGUAGCUUUUAUACGCAAUUUGUCAUUUCAGAUGUAAGGUGUUUUUACACUGCAGAGGUCCCAUGUCAAUAUUUCUUAUACUAAUUGUAAAAAGUUGUUUAUUGUAAGAAUCCUUUAUGCUAUACAUGGUACAAUGUAAUAGUUAAAUAUUUUUUAAAUAAAAUUGUCUAAUUGUUGUAUAA